AUGUCCCCAACUGGCAGCCAUUACCGCAUGGAAUUUUUACCCAGCCACCCGUCCCACCACCCUUUGCUGGAGCUCCCCCGGGAGUACGACGUGUGUGAUUACGUUUCAGUGUACCCUCCUUUGGCCACACCCACUGACAUGUUCAACAACAUGCCCGGCUAUGAGGGCAUGGGUCAAGGUGGUGGAGGUUUCCUGCCACCCCCCAUGCCCACCGAGCCGGUGGCCCCGCCCCAACCGGGCCCCGAGCCCGAGGACUGGAGCAUUCCGUCGUUGUCCGAGGACGUGGCCCGCGAGGCAUUCAAGAGCUUCGCCGCGUCCAACUGCUGCUAUAGCAAAGCGCCCGCCACGGACGGCGUUAUCACGCAGAUGGAGCCGUUCAACACUUACAGGUACCGACUGGAGACCUUCACCGAGUCCAGAUCAACCGAGUGGGGCAACAAACCUCAUGAAGGAGAGAUGCCUGACUUCUACACCCAAACUGCACCUCGACCUUGGGAGAUCCAGGCCACGCCCCCCAAUUUGUUCACCAAUCACACGGAGCUAAUCCGCGUACCCUACACGUCAUCUGUAAAGGAUUGUCAUGACUGCAGCGCAACAGGCAAAAUGCCUUGCAAGGAGUGCGAUGGAAGUGGACAUAAAUCAUGCUGGGUGUGUCACGGCAAAGGCACCAAUAACGACCAGGACUGCUCUCGCUGUAACGCUACAGGCAAAGAAAGGUGCAGGAAGUGUGACGCGAAGGGCUACGAGAACUGUGACACGUGUAAAGGAAAGCGACAACUGCUGACUUUCAUCCAGCUCAAAGUGGAAUGGACGAACAACGUGGAAGAUCACUUGGUGGAGCAGAACAGUGGCUUGACGCUCGAUGACCUGCGCUCAGUUAGCGGCAAGGAGCUUUUCAAGAACAACCAGUACUUGGUUUACCCUCUGAUGGGCUUCCCCCACCCAGCCAUUGGCGAGGCGUCGGCGCGUCUGGUGCAAGAGCACCAGGCCAAGUACGCGCAGAACUCCAGGAUCCUGCAGCAGAGGCAAACGGUGGAGUUGAUCCCGAUCACCAAAGUGAGCUACAAGUGGAAAGGCGACUCUCACGUGUUUUACGUGUUUGGCAACGAGCAGCAAGUCAGCGCCGACAAUUACCCGGCCAAAUGCUGCUGCGUCAUCCUCUAA